CCCCCUCCGGUCUCCUCCUUCUGCUCCACUCCCCCUGCGCCUGGGGUUUCCUCCUUCCACUAGAAGCCAGCCUCCCCUUCUUCUACCCCACACUGCUCCCUCCUCCGCCUCCCCACCCGGCUCCGGCUCCGACUCCCGCCCCCGCCCCCGCCCCCAGAGGAUCGCCGCAGUCUCGCAAGAGGACCGCCGACGGAGGGCAUUGGCCGGCGCCGCGGCGCUUCUGUGUGAUUUAGGGCUGCUGCCUGCCUGCCUGUGUCCGGUGGCUGCUCGUGCUCUCGGCGCCGGCGCGAUGUUCUACUCCAAGACGAUGCUGUCCAAGAAGGGCCCGCUGGGCGCGGUGUGGGUGGCGGGCGUCCGCGGCGUCGCCGCGCUCACCAGGGACCAGGUCCUGCGCACCGACGUCGCCUCCUCCGUCGACAAGAUUUUGCCCGACGUUGAAACCACAUACAGAAUACUUGGGCUGCUUCUGCUUGGCGUUGUUAGGAUUUACUCCAAGAAGGUGGAAUACCUCUGCUAUGACAGCAAUCAGUUUUUUGAAUCAACUGUAAGAGGGAAGAAAGUUCUAAAGCGAGGGAAGAAAGGUGCUUGUGCAAGAAGAUUGGUGCUAGACCAAGAAGACACUAGAAGAGCGAAAAGAGUUGCUGUAGUUCAAGUCCCAGGAUUGGACGAACCAGCUGACCUUCCACCAAUCUUCACCGUACCCAAAAGAUUUGAGCUCGACUCUUUUGAUUUGCAGAUACCUGAAGACAGAGAGGAUGACAAUGAUGAUCAUCACCAAUUGCCUCGUCAAGAUACUUUGCUGGAAGAUGAACAUCAGCGUAUGCCAAAUUUUUACGAGUCUUAUCAGGGGAUGCCAUAUGCUGAUCUGGACUCUGCUUACGUUGUGCCAGUAUGCAUCAUCCCAGCUGAAAUGAUCAGUGUCGCUGAUGAAGUCACCGAUCUUCUGUACUUGAGUAACAUAGGGGAUGAACUUGAAAAUGAAAGUCAGAAUGCUGAUCCUGCUUGCUUUACACCAGUGAAGGAUGUUCUUCCACCUGAGGCGAUGGAUAUGAUGGCUGAAGUAAGUGAGCUUCCAGAGAAAAGCAAAGAGGUGAAGGAAGCUAGAAGAGAAGUGAAUGGUGAAGAGAAUGGUGAUCCGUCUUGUUCUACCCCUUUGCCGGAGAAUCAAGAAAUGCAAAGACCUGUGAAUGCUGUGGAGAAUGUGGUGUCUGCAGAUCUUGAUGAAAAUCAUCCUGUAGUCGAAGAAUCAGAAAAUGGGUUAGCGGUAGGAAAACCGAACACAACACUAUCUGUAGAAAUUCCUGACAUCGAGGAACAAGAGUCUCUGGAACCUUCCACUCCAGAGCCCUUGCGAGAGGGAGCCUCAGAAAAAUUUGGUGUUGCAACACCUGCUCAAAAUGAGAAGCGCCAGGUUACCAGAAAAAGGAGGAGGGGGUUAUACAAUAAGAGAAAAGUUUGGGUGUUGUGGGAUGAGAAUGUUGUCCUUGAUAAUGACACGAUGAGAGAAAUUGUAGACGGGGUUGGUGUAGAGGAUCUAGUUGUCAAAAGAAGGAAGGCGCCUCACACUCGCCAUCAGAUUUGGAGGGAGUCAAGAUUUCGUUCUCUGCAGGAUACUUUCAUGGAGCCAAUUCUUCAGUGUGAUAACAUUGAGCCAAUUCUUCAAUAUUCGACUACAGUGCGCCUUAAUUCUACUACAGCCGAUGCCUCAUGCGGGGAAUCCGUUAAAGCAAAGAAGUGUCUUUCAUAUGAACCUGCUGAAUCCAACAAUCCCCACAAGGAAGCUGCAAAUGAAGAAACAGAAUGUGUCCCAGAUGAACUGACAAAUGGCAUCCAUACUCCUAUUGGGUGCUACAAUCAAAGUCAGCAAAGUCAAGAUGUUUGUGAAUGCAAUGAUGAUACACCUUAUGAAAAGAACAGCACACUAGUCAAUGGAGAGGAAUCAGGGCUGCCAGAAGAGAGAUUGUAUGAAUCAACCAGUCACAGUGCAUUGCGCAAUGAAUCGUUGACUGCUGACAUAGAUGCGGAUAUUCCUAUGGAUGAAGAGAAUGCUGCCAGAGAUGAAGAUUUCCCGCUUUCAACAAGAACUAGGGCAGUAGCAAAGUGCCUUCAUCAGCUAUUCUUGGACCAGAAGAGCCAGCAGCAAAGCAAUGUCCCCGUGACGCUCGGCCAGGCCCUCGAAGGCAGCAAGAGGAAAACCACAGCAAGAUUCUUCUAUGAAACUCUGAUCCUCAAGAGCCGCGGGUUGAUAGAUGUGAAUCAGGAGAAGCCCUAUGAGAACAUCACAAUCUCUGCGACUCCACAACUCGACGCGGUGCUGCAGAAUCCAGUGCCCCCUUCAACUUCUUAGCAGCAGAUGUCAGGGUAGGUAGUUUUAGGAGAAAAUGACUCAAAGUUUCAGUUUUUCGCUAUAUCCCGUAGCAUCAUCGCGAGAAUAUGUACUGGUGGCAGGCCAGUUGUAUAUAUGGAUCAUUUGUUCGUUCGUAUGGGUCAGGAUUACAUAGAGAAAGCUUUAGGAUCUUGCUCGGUUAAGUUAACGACAGGCCGAGUUUCUUGCUGGUCGCAUGCGGGAUGUAAGUUAACUGAUGAGGUGGGGGUUUAUUCAGAUUGCAGUUUCUUGCCGGUUGCAUGUUGAAUGCUGAUGGCAUCUGCCAAUGAGUAAAAUAGCAGGCAAACACUCUGCCUGGUUUGGUUUGA